GUGAGAGGGAAGAGGGAGAUUAAAGAAAAUAGGGGAAGUGGGAGAUUAAAGAAAAUAGACAGCCAAAACAAGAAAAGCGGAGGCAACGGAAGAGCUUGCUUGCUUGCUUGGGGGAACUCUGAGGUUUAAUUCUGGUCUUCUCAACUCAAACCCAUAUUUGAAAGAUCAAGCUGGUUCAAGGAAGAAUCGGGGCGUGGAAGGAGUAUAAUCUCUGGGUUUGGGUUGGAUUGGAUUGUAUUGUAUCUGUUUGUACUGGUACUGGACGGAUCAGUCUUUGAUUGAGUUGAGUUGAGUUGAAUGAUAAUUGCUGAAGAACUUAGAAGUAGAUCGAGGAGUAGACGAAGUCUCUGAUCCGAUCAAGCUCUUUAAAAAUGGUUGCAUUGGUCAAUCUACCAGUUGGAUCUCUUGUUUGGGUUGAGGAUCCGGCUGAAGCUUGGAUUGAUGGGGAAGUUGUGGAGGUUAAUGGUCAAGAGAUUAAGGUCCUUUGUACAUCAGGGAAGACGGUUGUAGUUAAGGCUUCCCGUGUCUAUCCCAAAGAUGCUGAGGCCCCAUCUUGUGGAGUGGAUGACAUGACAAAGCUGGCUUAUUUGCAUGAACCAGGAGUUCUGCAGAAUUUAAGAUCUAGAUAUGAUAUGAAUGAGAUAUAUACUUAUGUAGGGAAUAUAUUGAUUGCUGUGAAUCCGUUUAUAAGGCUACCUCAUCUGUAUGAUAGCCACAUGAUGGCUCAAUAUAAAGGUGCAGCCUUCGGGGAGCUUAGUCCACAUCCUUUUGCUGUUGCUGAUGCUGCAUACAGGCUUAUGAUUAAUGAGGGGAUUAGUCAGUCAAUAUUGGUUAGUGGUGAAAGUGGGGCAGGUAAAACAGAAAGCACGAAAUUGCUUAUGCGUUAUCUUGCUUAUAUGGGUGGGAGAGCUGCAGCUGAAGGGCGGACUGUUGAGCAGCAAGUAUUAGAGUCCAAUCCUGUUCUAGAGGCAUUUGGUAAUGCGAAAACAGUCAGAAACAAUAAUUCAAGUCGGUUUGGUAAGUUUGUGGAAAUUCAAUUUGAUCGGAUGGGAAGGAUUUCUGGUGCUGCUAUUAGAACUUAUUUGCUGGAAAGGUCUCGGGUUUGUCAAGUGUCUGAUCCUGAAAGAAAUUACCACUGCUUCUACAUGCUUUGUGCUGCUCCUCCAGAGGAUGUACAGAGAUACAAAUUGGGAAAUCCACGGGAAUUUCAUUAUCUUAAUCAGUCAAAUUGUUAUGAGUUGGAUGGGGUUGAUGAUGCCAAGGAAUACAUAGCAACAAGGAGGGCAUUGGAUGUUGUUGGAAUAAGUUCUGAUGAGCAGGAUGCAAUUUUUCGAGUAAUAGCUGGGGUUCUCCAUUUAGGUAACAUUGAAUUUGCAAAGGGGAAGGAAACAGACUCAUCCCAGCCAAAAGAUGAAAAAUCUUGGUUCCAUCUUAGAACUGCAGCAGAGCUUUUCAUGUGUGAUGCAAAGGCGCUGGAGGAUUCUCUCUGCAAGCGUGUUAUUGUAACUCGUGAUGAAACCAUCACAAAAUGUCUGGAUCCAAACGCUGCUACUGUAAGCAGAGAUGCAUUGGCUAAAAUAGUGUACUCAAGGUUGUUUGAUUGGCUUGUGGAUACAAUUAAUAGUUCUAUUGGUCAAGACCCAGACUCAAAGUCAUUAAUUGGGGUGCUGGAUAUUUAUGGGUUUGAAAGUUUCAAGACAAACAGCUUUGAGCAAUUUUGUAUCAAUUUGACGAAUGAGAAACUUCAACAGCAUUUUAAUCAGCACGUGUUCAAAAUGGAGCAAGAGGAAUAUAAGAAAGAAGAAAUUAAUUGGAGCUACAUCGAUUUUGUUGAUAAUCAAGAUAUUUUAGACCUUAUUGAAAAGAAACCUGGUGGCAUAAUUGCUCUUCUGGAUGAAGCUUGUAUGUUUCCUAGAUCAACACAUGAAACAUUUGCCCAGAAGCUGUACCAGACAUUUAAAAACCAUAAACGCUUCGCUAAGCCAAAGUUAGCACGCACCGACUUCACCAUUUGUCACUAUGCCGGUGAUGUCACUUAUCAAACUGACUUGUUCCUGGACAAAAACAAAGACUAUGUUAUACUUGAACAUCAAGCUCUCUUGAGUGCUUCCAGAUGUUCUUUUGUAUCGGGUUUGUUUCCGCCAUCUGAGGAAUCCACCAAAACAUCGAAGUUCUCUUCAAUAGGUUCACGAUUCAAGCAACAAUUGCAAGCGUUGCUUGAAACACUGAAUGCUACUGAGCCACAUUACAUUCGCUGUGUAAAGCCCAAUAAUCUUCUUAAGCCAGCGAUAUUUGAGAAUGGCAAUGUUUUACAACAACUGCGGUGUGGAGGAGUCAUGGAGGCAAUUAGGAUAAGUUGUGCUGGAUAUCCUACGAGAAAGCCAUUUUUGGAAUUUGUGGAUCGAUUUGGCAUACUUGUACCUGAAAUUUUGGAUGGGAGUUCGGAUGAGGUUACUGCCUGCAAGAGGCUUCUGGAGAAGGUGGGACUUGAAGGCUAUCAGAUUGGAAAAACAAAGGUAUUUCUUAGGGCUGGUCAGAUGGCUGAACUGGAUGCACGAAGGAGUGAGGUCUUAGGAAGAUCCGCAAGCAUCAUCCAGAGGAAAAUCCGUUCUCAUUUGUCUCGUAGAAGCUUUAUCUUGCUGCGCCAGUCUGCACUGCAGAUUCAGGCAGUGUGCAGAGGACAACUUGCUCGGAAUAUUUAUGAGAAUAUGAGGAGAGAAGUGUCCUGCCUGAGGAUCCAGAGAGUUUUUCGCAUGCAUUUUGCUACGAAAGCCUACAAGGAAUUGUGUUCUUCCACUGUUUGUAUUCAAACAGGCAUGCGUGGGAUGGCUGCUCGUAAUGAGCUUCGUUAUAGAAGGCAUACGAAAGCAGCAAUUAUUAUUCAGAGUCAAUGGCGCAAAUACUUGUCCCGCUUGCGCUUCAUGAAGAUAAAGAAAGCAGCAAUUACCACGCAAUGUGCAUGGAGAGGACGUGUUGCUCGUAAAGAACUGCGGAAGCUUAAGACGGCUGCAAAGGAAACUGGUGCUCUCCAAGCUGCCAAGAAUAAACUGGAAAAACAAGUGGAAGAACUGACAUGGAGAUUACAGUUGGAAAAACGCAUGAGGGCUGACAUGGAAGAAGCUAAAACACAAGAAAAUACGAAACUACAAUCUGCUCUACAAGAGAUGCAAGUUCAAUUCAAAGAAACUAAAUUAAUGCUCAUGAAGGAACGUGAGACUGCCAAAAGGGCAGCAGAGCAAGCUCCUAUCAUACAGGAGGUCCCAGUUGUUGAUCAUUCAAUUGUGGAUAAGAUUACGGCUGAAAAUGAAAAACUCAAGUCCUUGGUCAAUUCACUGGAAAAAAAAAUUGAUGAAACAGAGAAAAAAUAUGAAGAGACGAACAAACUUAGUGAAGAAAGGUUGAAGCAGGCUCUAGAGGCAGAGACAAAGAUCGUUCAGUUGAAGACUGCUAUGCAAAGGCUUGAAGAAAAAAUUUCUGGAAUGCAAUCUGAGAAUCAGGUUCUUCGGCAACAAGCAUUGCUAAAGCCUCCAGUAACACGAAUGUCAGAACAUGUUUCAUCCCUGACAACUCAGAGUUUGGAAAAUGGUUAUCAUAUGAGUGAAGAUAACAGUACCAACGAACCGCAGAGUGCAACACCUGUUAAAAAGAUUAGCACAGAACCUGACAGUGUGUCAAGGAUAUCCUACAUUGAACGCCAGCAUGAAAAUUUUGAUGCUCUUAUUAAUUGUGUGGUAAAAGACACUGGGUUCAGUCAAGGGAAGCCUAUUGCAGCUUUCACCAUUUACAAAUGUCUUCUCCACUGGAAAUCUUUUGAAGCUGAAAGGACUAGUGUGUUUGAUCGUCUGAUUCAAAUGAUUGGUUCUGCAAUUGAGAAUCAAGAUAAUAGUGAUCAUAUGUCCUAUUGGUUAUCAAAUACAUCUACUUUGUUGUUUUUGCUGCAACGAAGUCUAAAACCUGCUGGUGUGACCGGUGCACCUCCACGUCGAAAACCAACUCCUCCAACAUCCCUGUUUGGGAGAAUGACCAUGGGGUUCCGGUCAUCCCCUUCUUCUGCACACCUUGCUGCCGCGGCACUUGAGAUAGUGCAUCAAGUUGAGGCCAAAUAUCCAGCUUUGCUCUUCAAGCAGCAGCUUACUGCAUAUGUGGAGAAAAUUUACGGAAUUAUUCGAGACAAUUUGAAGAAGGAGUUGGCACCCUUGCUUUCUUUAUGUAUCCAGGCACCAAGAACAUCCAAGGGAAGCAUGCUAAGAUCUGGGCGAUCAUUUGGCAAUAAUUCUGCAUCAAGUCACUGGCAGGGCAUUAUUGAAUGCCUCAACUCUCUUCUCAGUACAUUGAAGGAAAAUUUUGUGCCCCCUAUUCUUGUUCAGAAGAUCUAUACUCAAGUGUUCUCAUACAUCAAUGUGCAGCUCUUUAAUAGUCUUCUUUUACGCCGUGAGUGUUGUACAUUUAGCAAUGGUGAAUACGUGAAAAGUGGCUUAGCUGAGUUAGAGCUAUGGUGCUGCCAAGCAAAAGAAAAGUAUGCAGGUUCGUCUUGGGAUGAGCUGAAGCACAUAAGACAAGCUGUUGGAUUCUUGGUUAUACACCAGAAAUAUAGAAUUUCAUAUGAUGAAAUUACAAAUGACCUAUGCCCUAUUCUGAGCGUUCAACAGCUGUACAGAAUAUGUACGUUGUAUUGGGAUGACAACUACAAUACCCGGAGUGUCUCUCCAGAUGUUAUUUCCAGCAUGAGGAUACUAAUGACUGAGGACUCCAACAAUGCAGCCAGCAGUUCUUUUUUGUUGGACGACAAUUCCAGCAUUCCUUUCUCCAUUGAUGACCUUUCUAAUUCACUGGAAGAGAAGGAUUUCUCGGAUGUCAAGCCAGCACCAGAACUGCUGGAGAAUCUAGCUUUCCAAUUUUUACUUGAGUGAGAGGCUAAGGUGCUUUUCUCUUGCUUCCCCAAAAUGGGCGAUGAAGUCAGAAUCUCGUCAUUGCAAUGAAUUUGUUGUAAAUUCAUUCCAUUUUUUUUUUAUACUGCAAGCUUCUGUCUGCAUCCAUGCCCCUGCUGUACAAUUAUUUAUUUAUUUGUUUUAUUAGAUUCAUCAAAUCCAUAUAGUUAAAAGGGGCAGGGAUAUUUUCAUUAGUUUUCAAUUUGUGCACAUUCUUUUGGGUUGGUUUUGGUUUCUUGUUUUUUGUUGGGAGCCGCAUUCUUCAUAGAAAGUUAUAGUCGGGGUGGGGUAUGAAUACUGUCAUUGUAGAGUGGUGUGGCUGAAGUUUUGCCUUUUUUUCCACCCAAAUUUUUCUUUGUAUAAAGAAACAAGUAUGUGAAUUAAGAAAAUAGAGUUAUAAGAAUUGUUUGGUUAUUGGUUUUUA